CCGGCCCGAGCCGAGGCUGAGCCAGAGGAAUACGGAUUAAGUGGUUGAAGAAAGAGAAGAGAACCAGGGGAACUAGGCAGGCACACAAGCUGAGCUCAUCGGACUCAUCUAGGCGGUCGGCGAUCACCAGAUCCAAGUGGACCCCAGCCCUUUGCAGCAUGCACUCCAACUGCUGAAUCGUCCCGGUCUCGCCCUCACCUAGACCCGCGAAUCCCGCCUGGAUGGAGUCCCCCCUGGGUUCCCAUUGGCUCCUGUGAGUGCUUGGGUGUCGGGAGCCUGUUUUUGGCGAGGGGAAACAACUUUUGAAGUUCGCCCAGGAGAUUGCGUUCCAGUCCCAGCUCCCAGGCAGCCGGACCGGCAGAGGAGAGACCGCGGCGCGAGUCACCAUGGGGAGCAAAGGCGCCUACCGGUACCACUGGCAGAGUCACAAUGUCAAGCACAGUGGGGUGGACGACAUGGUGCUGCUCUCCAAGAUCACAGAGAGCGCCAUCGUGGAGAACCUGAAGAAGAGAUACAUGGAUGACUACAUCUUCACAUACAUAGGAUCGGUAUUAAUCUCAGUCAACCCUUUCAAGCAGAUGCCCUAUUUUGGGGAAAAGGAAAUUGAAAUGUACCAAGGAGCGGCACAGUAUGAAAAUCCACCACAUAUUUAUGCCCUUGCAGAUAGUAUGUACAGAAACAUGAUCAUCGACAGAGAGAACCAGUGCGUCAUCAUCAGUGGUGAGAGUGGUGCUGGAAAGACAGUGGCUGCCAAAUACAUCAUGAGUUAUAUCUCCAGAGUGUCUGGAGGAGGCCCCAAAGUCCAGCAUGUGAAGGACAUCAUCCUGCAGUCCAAUCCGCUGCUGGAGGCCUUUGGGAAUGCCAAGACUGUCCGAAACAACAACUCCAGCAGAUUUGGAAAAUACUUUGAAAUCCAGUUCAGUCCAGGUGGGGAACCAGAUGGUGGAAAGAUCUCCAACUUCCUUCUGGAAAAAUCUAGGGUGGUGAUGAGGAACCCUGGAGAGCGGAGUUUUCACAUAUUUUACCAGCUCAUCGAGGGGGCCUCUGCGGAGCAGAAGCAUAGCCUUGGUAUCACUAGCAUGGAUUAUUAUUACUACCUGAGCCUUUCCGGGUCAUACAAGGUUGAUGACAUCGAUGACAAGCGGGAGUUCCAAGAAACUCUGCAUGCCAUGAAUGUGAUUGGGAUCUUCGCAGAAGAGCAAACGCUGGUGUUGCAGAUAGUGGCAGGGGUUCUCCACCUGGGAAACAUCAGCUUCAAAGAAGUGGGCAAUUAUGCUGCAGUAGAGAGUGAAGAGUUCUUGGCUUUUCCUGCAUAUCUGCUGGGCAUAAACCAGGACCGGUUAAAAGAGAAACUAACGAGCCGGCAGAUGGAUAGCAAGUGGGGAGGCAAGUCAGAGUCCAUCCAUGUGACCCUCAAUGUGGAGCAGGCCUGCUACACUAGGGAUGCACUUGCCAAGGCUCUGCACGCCCGUGUCUUUGAUUUCUUGGUGGAAUCCAUCAAUAAAGCCAUGGAGAAGGACCAUGAAGAAUAUAACAUUGGCGUCCUGGACAUCUAUGGUUUUGAAAUAUUCCAGAAAAAUGGCUUUGAACAGUUUUGCAUCAAUUUUGUUAAUGAGAAAUUACAGCAGAUUUUUAUUGAACUGACAUUAAAGGCGGAACAGGAAGAAUAUGUUCAAGAGGGAAUAAGAUGGACACCCAUUGAGUACUUUAAUAACAAAAUCGUGUGCGACCUCAUAGAGAACAAAGUUAACCCUCCUGGGAUCAUGAGCAUCCUGGAUGACGUGUGUGCCACCAUGCACGCUGUGGGCGAGGGGGCCGAUCAGACACUGCUCCAGAAGCUCCAGAUGCAGAUUGGGAAUCAUGAACACUUCAACAGCUGGAACCAAGGCUUCAUUAUUCACCACUACGCUGGGAAGGUAUCCUAUGACAUGGAUGGCUUUUGUGAAAGGAACCGUGAUGUACUUUUUAUGGAUCUAAUCGAACUCAUGCAGAGCAGCGAGCUACCUUUUAUAAAAUCUUUAUUUCCUGAAAAUCUGCAAGCUGACAAGAAAGGACGCCCAACUACUGCGGGAAGUAAAAUAAAGAAACAAGCCAAUGAUCUUGUGAGCACCCUGAUGAAAUGUACACCCCACUAUAUUCGCUGCAUAAAACCAAAUGAAACCAAGAAGCCCAGAGACUGGGAGGAAAGCAGGGUAAAACAUCAAGUGGAAUAUCUGGGUCUGAAAGAGAACAUCCGAGUGAGAAGAGCUGGCUAUGCCUAUCGGCGAAUCUUCCAGAAAUUCCUACAGAGGUAUGCCAUUCUGACCAAAGCCACCUGGCCUGUGUGGAGAGGAGAUGAAAAGCAAGGCGUCCUCCACUUGUUGCAGUCUGUCAACAUGGACAGCGACCAGUUCCAGCUGGGGAGGAGUAAAGUGUUCAUCAAAGCCCCUGAGUCUUUAUUUCUUCUAGAAGAGAUGAGAGAGAGAAAGUAUGACGGGUAUGCUCGAGUGAUACAGAAAUCAUGGCGUAAAUUUGUGGCCCGGAAGAAAUAUGUCCAAAUGAGAGAAGAAGCCUCAGACCUGUUGUUGAACAAGAAGGAGCGAAGGAGAAAUAGUAUUAACCGGAACUUCAUUGGGGAUUACAUUGGGAUGGAAGAGCACCCGGAACUCCAGCAGUUUGUGGGCAAGAGGGAGAAGAUUGACUUUGCUGACACCGUCACCAAGUAUGACAGGAGGUUCAAGGGCGUGAAGCGAGACCUGCUUCUCACCCCAAAGUGCAUGUACUUAAUCGGAAGAGAAAAGGUCAAACAGGGCCCAGACAAAGGCCUUGUGAAAGAAGUCCUGAAGCGGAGAAUCGAGAUGGAGAGGAUUUUAUCGGUGUCCCUCAGUACCAUGCAAGAUGACAUUUUUAUUCUCCAUGAGCAAGAAUAUGAUAGUCUUCUCGAAUCCGUCUUCAAAACUGAAUUCUUAAGUCUCUUAGCAAAGCGUUAUGAGGAAAAAACCCAGAAGCAACUACCUCUGAAAUUCAGCAAUACUCUUGAAUUGAAGUUGAAGAAGGAGAACUGGGGUCCCUGGAGCGCAGGAGGCUCCCGGCAAGUACAAUUCCACCAAGGCUUUGGUGACCUGGCCAUCCUCAAGCCCAGCAACAAAGUGCUGCAGGUCAGCAUCGGACCAGGGCUGCCAAAGAACUCCCGUCCUACCAGAAGGAACACCAUCCAAAGCAGAGGGUAUUCCAGUGGGACUCAGAAUGCCAACUACCCAAUGAGAGCCGCCCCUCCUCCCCCAGGAUACCAUCAGAAUGGCAUCAUCAAAAACCAGUUUGUGCCACAUCCCCAUAUUCCUGGAAACCAGAGGUCCAAUCAGAAAAGCCUGUAUACCUCCAUGGUCCGCCCACCCUUGCCACGGCAACAGUCCACAGGCUCUGACCGAGUGUCACAGACGCCCGAGAGCCUGGAUUUCCUCAAGGUCCCGGACCAGGGUGCUGCCGGUGUCCGCAGACAGACGACCAGUCGGCCUCCACCAGCAGGUGGCAGACCAAAGCCUCAGCCCAAGCCCAAGCCCCAGGUGCCACAGUGCAAGGCUUUGUAUGCCUAUGAUGCUCAGGACACAGACGAACUCAGCUUUAAUGCCAAUGACAUUAUUGAUAUUAUCAAAGAAGAUCCUUCUGGCUGGUGGACAGGUCGACUACGAGGCAAGCAGGGCUUGUUUCCCAACAACUAUGUGACCAAGAUCUGAGGAACCAGAGACUGACACAUGGAGCAGAGGAGCUCCAGGCACAGACAGGGGAGGGGACAUUUGGAGACUCCCUUUCUGAUCCACAGUGAGCAGUUGCUUCUCCAAGACCUGAAGCUAUUCUGGCAUCUUUCCCAUGGAAGACUCUUGAAAAGUCUGGGUUGGGGACAGGGAGUGUUACUCCAUUUAUCCUAAAAGGUAGCCUAUUCAUAGGAACCCAGGAGGGCAAAACAACCACCAAGAUUUAUUUAUUGUAUUUAAACCUGGUGGGAAGACAAGUGAGGUCCACUCAGACCUUGUUGGCUUCACAACCCAAAAGCACUCCACUUGCUCACCAGGCCUAGAGAUUGGCUAUAGAUGGCCACUGACAAGUGCCUUUAGUAGAAGAGCACAUUUCUUUCAUUCCUGUUUUCCAUACCUGACACACACAUUCCUCUCUGCCACUUUCCUUCAGGGAGGACCCACCCUCUGCAAUUUGGGCUUGGUGUGAAUAGGCACUUACUGUGCAAAUGCCAGGGGCAGGUUGGACUCUGAGCCCUCAGGAGCAGAGGGUCACUGAUUUACCUGUGCUGGGGCCAUCAGGCUGCAAGGCAGGAAAGGGGCUGGGCACUGGGCUGUCAGCCUUGCUUUCACUAGGUCUUCAAUUGGAAUGUGGCUGGCCCAUGUUGAUUAUGUUUAAUGGUGUACUUAUUAUAAGAAGGAUCUCUUUUUUUCCCAAGCUGUACAUUUAUAAAUCAGAUCAUAUACUGUAUAUAUAAAAAUAUCAAGAUGGUAGAAACAUGUAUGAAUGUACUAAGUAGUAUUCCACUGUACUCAUUCAUAAAGGUAGGCUUUAUUACAAAACUCCCAUCAGGUACUUUCAGACAUGCCUUUUCAACUACAAAAACAGUAUCAUUGCUUUCCAGGUCGGUCCCCGCAGACCUUUCUUGACCCUUUCACUGUAAGUAAUUUUCCUGUGAUCCCUCUCUGCAGCCCUCGUCCUACCUCCUAAAUAAAUAAAGGAAUCAGUGAA